AUCCAAAGGAGGAACUCCAACUCCUAAGACGAAGUAACGGGUCUGUGAUGAUAACGGUGUUUGGGAAUGACUAUGUUAGAGUGAAUAUUACAGACAGUAUUUCUGAAACUCAGCGAUAUAAAGACUCUGUUUUCUUGGAGGAAAACGAACACAAUCAGCUGAAGUGUGACCUCCAGCAACUUGAAUUAGGUUACCGUUUGUUUGGAGACUUAACCGAAGUGACAACUGAAAAGAUUGAAAGGAUUUCUCAGUUAAACUUUUGAUUUGUGUUUUUUUUUUUUCCAAUAAAACCUUAGUUGCAUGCCAGUAUCAAGGCAAUGUAUUUAGUCUACAUAUUUACAUACCGUUUAACCCUGUUUUGUAUUAGGCUACUCAGCUUAAUUGAACUGACGUUCUAAACCUAUUUAGUGGUGUCCGGUUUAUACAAUUGGUUGAACUAUUUUUAGUAACUUUUUAAAUGGUUUUAAAUCUGGAGCAGGCUUCACCUCAGUGAUUAAAACCUAUAUAUUUAGAAUGUAAGCAAAUGAACUUACUCAAGUAUAAACUUAAGAAUUAGAAUAGAAUAUAAUGUACUUUAUUAUUCCCCGAAGGAAAAUUCAGGUGUGUGGCAGAUACAAUUAUAAAAAUCACAUCAGUAAUUCAGGAAGACAGCCUAUAAGAUUUAUUUUAUGAAUGUGGACACAGAUUUGUAUGAUCUAUCAGUGAAUAAUGCUGAAGAAACACCUCCCAAAAAGAUGAUUAUCUUGGAGAAUGAUAGAUGUGAAUAUGAAGGAGCCUGGUAUUACUCGGAUUAUUGGACGUUAUUGAAAGUUAAGGCAGAAAAAGGAUUGUAGAGGAUGUAGAGGGGAUAAAUCUAUGCAUUAUGUUUGUAUUAGCACGUUAUGUUUGGUUACAAUAAAAGGCAAUCGUUAAGAUCCAGAGAUGAGGAACAGGAGAUGUGGGUCAUAAUUUCGCACCAUUAAGACAUGUAUUUCUCCACUCAAUCUCUGAUUUCUGAUUUCCAGUGCAAUACCUCAUAACCAUGUGCAAUAUUGUAAUUUUUUUCCAUAACAUAUUUUAUUAUUAUAUUCAUCUACAUGUGCACUCUGGCUUAGGCUAACUUAUUUCAUGUCUUUAAAAGUACUUAUUUAACUUUCUUUGUACAGAUAGUAUUUUCUCUUUUUAUUUAGAAUUUUUUGAUUUUUUUUCGGUUUAUAUAUUUAUCGUCCUUACUGUCUUGUAGUGCCCUUACUGUCUUGUUGUUAAGUACCAGUGUUCCAUUCAACACGUCAAAUUCCUUGUGUGUGCAAGGCGAGCUCACUUGGCAAUAAAGCUUUCUUGAUUCUUGAUUCUAAUUUGAAUAAGUGCAGAAGCUCCCCCUGUCUCAAGUCUUACAUUAGAAGAGGAAAAACGGAAACUGUCCUUGAUUUUUGAUGACCUUGUUUUAUCUCCUGCCACUUCGGCAUGGAGACAGCGCUGUCGGUAUUCGCCAAACCUCCUCCUCACACCGUCUGGUCUGAACCGGUUCGGAAAGUGCGCGGUCUCGUGCUCACUGCAGACUACACACGCACUGGUUCACACAGUUCUCCGCGCGCUCUUCCUUAGUCCCGCCUCUCAUCCGGUUUGGCCUCACCUGAUUGGUUGGAUGCUCAAAGCUCCUCCACACCUUUCGCCUUCUGUUUGGACAAUACGGAAGUGUACGGGCCGCUAUUGGUUUAUCCUCCUCUAAAACCUUUUAUUUUGGGGGCCAGGCGCCAUUAUUAUCCGCCGCGCACGGGCACGCGUUAGAAGUUGAGUUGUAAACGAAGCGCGUGCACAUUUCAGCACCAGUACCUCGUGGAUAGCAGCCAAACGGAGCAGAGACAGAGAGGCUUGUUGUGGGGAGAGUUUUCUUCAUUGUGACAAACCGACGACUUUGCGGUUUGCAGCGCCAUACAACCGCUGCAGUCGCGGGAAACUUCAUUUGUAGUUCUGAGUCGCACCGAGGAGGACAGAAAGCGGAACAGCUCGAGCUUUGUUUGCCCCGGCUGGGCCAAGAGUGCCACAUAGAGCUGCUGCUUCUUCUUCUUCUCGGAGAAAAGAAAGAAGUUUCCGAAACAUUCCGUUAUUUACAUCUCGUUUCUGUCGGAUCCUGCCUGGUUUUCAAUAACUGCGCCGUAAGAGACUCGAUGGCUGCACAUGAAGGGAAGCAAAGGUGAUACAGAAGAUAAUUCAUCUUAACCGGCUUGGUCCAGACCAGGGUUGACCCGUGGUCCCCCUUUUUUCAGCCACAUCACAGCCUGCGACUAGCCGCCGAGGUCUCCAUUGUUGUGAGCAUCUCUGUGCUAACUGUUCCACUGCCGCCCGACCGCCUGUCGCUGCUACCAGACACCUGCUUCAAUCUUUUGAUAUCUUUAACUUAUCUUAUCCAAAAUGUGCUCUCGGGUUUGGUUUGUGACCGACCGGCGGAUCAGCCAGGAGUACCCUCAAGUCCAGAUCCUCCGGGCUCUGAAGGAGCGCUGCGCCGACGAGGAUGUUGAAUUCCGCUCGCUUCUCAUGGAUCAAAUCGUGCUCACGAUCAGCGAGGGACAACUAGGUCUUCGAGUGGAUCAGGAAUUGGUGACGUCUUAUCCUCAAGUGGUGGUGGUACGGGUGCCCACGCCCUGGGUGCAGUCAGACAGUGACAUCACCGUGCUGCGCCACCUGGAAAAGAUGGGCUGUCGGCUGAUCAACAGACCUCAGGCCAUACUCAACUGUGUCAACAAGUUCUGGACCUUUCAGGAGCUGGCUGGCCAUGGGGUGCCUCUCCCUGACACCUUCUCCUACGGAGGGCACGACAAUUUCCGUAAGAUGAUCGACGAGGCGGAGCCACUCGGCUACCCCGUGGUGGUGAAGAACGCACGUGGCCACAGAGGCAAGGCAGUGUUCCUGGCCCGGGACAAACACCACCUCACGGACCUGUGCCACUUGAUCCGCCAUGACACCCCCUACCUGUUUCAGGAGUAUGUAAAGGAGUCGCAUGGCAGGGAUGUGCGGGUCGUCCUGGUUGGCGGUCGCGUCAUCGGCUCAAUGCUGCGUUGUUCAACUGAUGGGCGGAUGCAGAGCAACUGCUCUCUGGGUGGUGUCGGUAUGAUGUGUCCCCUGAGCGAGCAGGGCAAGCAGCUGGCCAUAGAGGUGUCCAACAUCCUCGGCAUGGAUGUGUGCGGCAUUGACCUGCUGCAGCUCAACGAUGGCUCGUUUGUGGUCUGCGAGGCAAAUGCCAACGUGGGUUUCAUAGCCUUUGACCAGGCCUGUGGCAUGGAUGUAGCAGGCAUUGUCGCAGACUUUGCCCUGUCUAUGCUCCCGAGCCGUCUCACCCGGAAGAUGUCCCUUCUCUCCGUGGUGUCGAGCACUAGCGAGACAAGCAGCGAGCCGGAGGUGUGCUCUGUGCCCAAUGGCGGUGGCUCCCUGCCUGAAGCCGUCUGCAACAUGAGCGUGGGUUCUACUUCCAGCGAAAGCGACCCAGAGCUCGCCGAGCCCUCUCAGUCCUCGCCCCGUCAGUCCACAGCCCCCAACCUGCCUGAUCUCCCUGACCUCCCUGAUCCAGCCUACAACUUCAACACCCUCCUCGCCAAUGAGAUCAAGUUAUUGACUGAGUGAGAUCGAAGCAGCUCCAUGCACGCACAGAACACAACCAACACACUACACAUACACACUUCCCUGUAUGCAUGACAACAGACAUUCCUUUCAAAAACACAGCGGUCCAAACUCUUCCACAACACACGCUAAACAAGAGCAGAGAAACACACGACUACAGAAGUAGAGACACCAAAACUUGAGCCUUCUCCUAUUACGUAAAAAAACUUCAAAGAUCUGAGGCUGCUCCCCUGAUUCUCCUCGCUUUGCACCUCUAGUCCCAAACUGCAAACCACACAAUCUAAACUGAGCUUACACUUGCAGCACAGUGCCAAGUGUGGAAUAUAAUACAUGAAAUCUCUAAAUUAACCCUUCUGCUUUUACUGGUGGGUGUGGGAUUCCCAUAAAGGCUAAAAACUGCCAUCAUUUUAUCUUUCUUACAAACUGCUGAUAUUGUUUUAAACACAACAGUGUCCGAUGAUAGAAGAGAGGGGUUCCUGCUGAGAUGGUAGCAAGGAUUGAUGGUUGGUAGGAAGUGAGAUGACAAGGUUUUUUAAAGUUCUUGUGAGAGGAGAACAUCCUUGAGCCAGGCGCUGUAUACUGUAAGUGUAGAUGUAGCAAUGAAGUGCAGCUGUCGGAUACAUACAAGAAACAGGAAGGGGGAUACCCAGCAGCAACCAGACAGGGAGGAAUUUUACAUCAGAUUAACUGCUUUUCAUUUUUUCCUGAAGAGAAUAAUUCACCCAAGACCUCGUGUCACAUGUUGUGAAUCCAACUGAUUUUAAGUACCAAACUUUUUUUAUGAACUUUACACAACAAAACAACUUGUAAUCCUAAUUUAAAUCAGUGCAAAGAUCAGCAGGAGCUUUUUUAACUUUUUACACUGACAGUAAAUGAGAGACUGCUUUUGUGGUGUCGAAAUGAUUUACCUUUUUGGUGUUAACGAGAAUGUAUAUCAACCAAAUGACACACCCAUAGCUCCACCAGACCACCCUGAGUGCUACCACUGUGUUCAAAAGCUAGUUCUCCGUUCACUGUGAACGAAGAAGGCUCACUUUUAAGUCAGCAAAACUGCCCCGACAUGUCCAAGAGAGAAGAGAUAACAAAGACCAGUUCUGUUUUUUUAACAGUCACAACCUGGAGUAUCAAAAUCAAUUGAGUGCCAUUGCUCGAUUUUUUUUAAUUUUACGUUUCUAGUUAGCUCGUUUGAUUAGCCUUACCAACUGCAGCAGUCUGCUGUGUUUUUUUAAAUUCACUUCAUGUCUAGCACUUUAUGAUUGACAGAUGCGUUUUGUUUCUCGCUCAGAUGACAUAUUUAGGAACUUUUUUGACCGAGUGUGAAAGCUGCGUCUACACCUGCGAACAAAAUAUACCUCAGAACAGUGACUCCUCACUGCCAUAGGAUGACUUAGAUAUUCAAACAUACAGAACAUAUCAGCCAGGAUCCUCUGUGGUUCCCAAAUGGCCCCUGAUAAACCAGGUGUUUCUUCCCUUUAUGUCGAAGAGCUAAAAGCUAGGUGUGUUUUAUUUUUUUUAUUUCUUUUUAGCUUCUUUUUUUUGUUUGUAAAUAUUUACGUAGCAUAUUAGCUUCAGUGCAUACUAGUGUCCAGAUGAUAAAACUGGAAUGGCUGAAAUUACUGCCAACAUUGAAAUUUUCACAAGCUAUUGUGGACAAACUUGUUUGUACAGACGUGCAAUGUUAAAAGGAUGAAACUGAAAUUUGGUGCUAACACUUCUGGUGAUGGUUAGAUGAUUUGGUUAGAUGUAAUUUCUUAGUCAAAUGGUUUGUACAUUUUCCUUUAUUGUUUUCAACUUGAAAUACAAAGUAUCUUAACCCACAACAAUAUGUUGGCAUGAUGUACAAAUUACAAAUGGAAACUAUAUUUUUGCAGUCUCUUUGGGUAGAAUGUUACUUUCCUUUUCUUUGAAAAGAAAGGGAAAAAAAAUCCAGGGAUUUCAGUUGCCAAGAGCCUUUCGCUUUGGGUUUCCUGUUGCUUUACCUCUUGUACGCUUUUUGAUAUAACUAUCAACACAAAGGAAGGGUACACCGGGGUAAAUGUCAUUCACUUUGAAUAUUUUACAUCUCUUCUUAAAAGCACAAACGUUAACCCUAAAAGUUGUCUCAUGUAGUGAUGUCCACGUUUUUAGGCUCAUAACUCUUCUGUUGAAAGCAUCUCAGGGAAGCAGCCUGGAUCUCACCCCUGACCCCAAAAGGCACUACAUAUCCAUCCGAGCUAGAGACAUGUCAAAAACAUAACACAUCACCACAGGCAGACGAAAAAAGACACACAAACAACAAAGAAAAAAAGGUUGUAAACUACAGUAUAAGAGUAUGUGGUGUAUACCAUGGUUAACAUGCACUUUUUUUCCUUGCUUGUUUCUCUUGUUCCUUGUUUUCCUAAUUUAUGGUAUUUUUAAAGAAAAAGUGAUUUGUGUGCACUAAUAUGGUCUCAAUAAAGUGAAACCGCUGUGAAGCUUGAUUUCAUCCCCUUCUUCGUGGGCUGGAUUUACUAACUGUCUGGAAUCUAACAGGCCUGCUUGGGGGUGCCAUAUCUAAACCCACCAGACAACAAGAAAGGCAGCUUUUAUUUGAAGCAUGCCGUCAAGUGAUCACAGUGGCUCCACCGAGAGAAUAACACCAUUGACACCUCUGUGACGUCGUCUGGUAUUUAUAUUUUGAAAGUGUCUGACAAACAAACUGUGAAAUCUGCUGAUGUCCACUCUCCUGACAUGUAAGGGCCGGUGGGCUUGAUCACCAAGUCACAUCCCAGUGUGCUCCAGUUGUUGUUGUCCCCUCAUUUUUUAAAGUCUUUGUCUUUGUUUGUAUUAAAGCCUGUGUCAUUCCACAUUGUGUACAUCAGUGUAAAACCCAGAUCACAUAUCCUUGCAUACAUUUAAAAGCCAGCCAUGGAAAAGAGGGCGACUACUGUCUCUCUUCCGGCCUGUUAUUUCACUCUGUUUUUACAUCCUCCAUACAGAGCACAUAAAGCCAUUGAAGGGUCAUUUAACUGUGCCCUAACAACUCUCAAACUGCCUUUUCAUGGACUGUUUUCCUUCGGGAGCAUUGAUACAACGAUCAACAAGCUCCAAGUCCAGGUGGGUUUUAUCUGCUUGGUCUGUAUGGAUCAGUGGAUAAAGUCACAGAAGCUAUCGACAGGAAUUGGUACCACAUGCUAAGGAAGGAAAAAUGUCUUGAAAAAACAUGAAAUGGUCACAUGUGUACUGGCCUGUGUGAUGGUUGGCCAGCCCAGAACAAAACUGUAGGGACCUCUGGACUUGUCACUGUGUGCAACAACACAACAGAGCACAAGGUGUUACUAUUUAAAUCCAAACUGCUGCUAAUGUAUAUCUGGCUCAAAAAUUAAAAAGGGAAUAUGCGGAAAUCCCAGUGUUUCCGUGUUUUACUGCCUCUCAACACAUGAAAAUGAAUCUGAAUGCCAAAAAACAAGCAUUUUGUUGUAUAAUUCAGUACUAAUAACACUAGUAGUGAGAAGAUUUUAAAAGUGAUUCUUUGUUUUGAUAUAAUGAAUACAUGUUUCAGAAUUGUACAUAAAAUGUAGGAUUUCACAACAAUCUUAAGGUUCACUUUAUGUCAAUGUGUUUCAAAGCGAACCUGAGGUUUGUGUUAAAGGUUUACAGCAGACUUCGAUUUGCAGGAGAAAAUACGAUGUUAAUGCUUCGGUCAAAAAAAAAAAUGCAGUCGCUACUUAUGAUAUAGAAACAUUACAAGUCUUGAAUUCUAUCUUGUAUAUCAUAUUGAAUUGAAGAAGAAGUCCAGGACUGCAGGCUACAAGGGGAAGAACAUUGAAUAAAGAGAUUGGAAAUGCCCUAUCAUUUCUGUUCUGUAUCAUUCUGACAGUGUUACAAACUGGAUUCCAACAUGAUGUUAUUCCAAAAUGUGCAAAAUGAUGUAUAUAUCCCUUUUUUUUUAGAUGAAAAUAAAGAUGAGUCAUUAUCCAAACCAUGAAA